AUGACCAUCAAGGCGUUGAAGGACGUGGCCGUCGGCCGAAAUGGUGUCGGCGCUUUCAUUCUUCAAUGCAAGAAGCUGGACUUCCACUACUGCGACUGGGCAGGAAGUUCAAAAGGAAUGAAUGGCUUUAUCAAGUCCCUUCUUCCCGAGUUCGCGAAGAAGCAUCCACAGAUCGAAUUUUCCGUCUCUCCCCGACCAUCGAAACACCCGGUAAUAGUUGGACACUACAUCAACGGGCGCGAGAGGUCGAUAUGCGUCCGAAACCUAGAACCUUUACAGGUAUUGAAGAAGGCAGAGCUUCUCCGGGAUGCUAGCGGCGAGAAGAACAAGAAGCUCACGAAGCCGGUCUCGAGUAUCAACGAGAGUGUGAGAGGUGUUUGGUCACCGUACCACGGCAAUGGCAUUACUGUAUAA